AUGAGGAUCCGACAACGACGGGCGCCCCUGGGCCUUCUGCUCCUGUCCUCCCUCGCUGCCACCAGCGUCCUGGCCUCGUCCUUAGACUCGGUACCUCUCAACCCAGCCACGGGAUCCUCAUCGAAGAUAGGGACCAAGGAUGCGCCUGUGGACGGGAAGGAUGGCAGACCUCACGAAGGCCCUUUCGUCGAGGUCGAACACCUGACCUCCGGCAGCGACCUCAAGAAGUUGCCACCCCUCGAAGGCCGCCCCGUCGAUCCUACCAUCGUCGACGGUGUUAAGAUCCCGCAGACCAACGACGGCGUUAUGAACGAUCCGGAUCGGUCACAGGCUAAAGAGGGAACCACCGGCACGUCCGGCGGCGUGAGCGAGAAGGAUCAGGUGCGCAAGGCGAAGGAGGGCGCGACUGGUGAAAAGGCCGAGAACAAGCCAGAGUCGCCAAAAGAGGCGCCUCCACUGCCACACAGCGAGCAAGAGAAGAUACUGAGCAAGGAGGAUGCCACCAAGGACAAGAGCAAGCCGGAUGGCAAGACAGAGGACUUCUCCGGGCUUGAGAAACCUUCGGACCUCCCUGGCAAGACCUCCGAACAGGCCCUUCCCUUACCCGACUCCGCGAACAAGAAUCACCUCGAUGUCUCCCCCUCGACCGGCAAGUCUUCUAGCAAGCUGCCCAUCGAUGACCCCGACGGCAUAAUCCAGCCGUUCCACUCCUUCCUCCUCUCCUACACCAUGAUCCUCGUCUCCGAGAUAGGCGACAAGACCUUCCUUGUCGCCGCGCUCAUGGCCAUGAAGCACGAUCGCCUCGUCGUCUUCUCCGCCGCCUUCAGCGCACUGAUUACCAUGACCAUCCUGUCCGCCGUGCUCGGCCACGCCGUGCCCACGCUCAUCCCUAAGAAGGUGACAAACUUCCUGGCCGCGGCGCUGUUCCUCGUGUUUGGCGCGCGCAUGCUGAGGGAGGGGCUGGCCAUGAGCCCGGAUGAGGGAGUGACAGCCGAGAUGGCCGAGGUGGAACUCGAGCUCGAGGAGAAGGAGACCCUGGCGCGCAAGGCCGGCCGGAGGCGGUCCUCUAUAUCACCCUAUGCGCUCGAGAUGGGUCUGAAUAGGACGCACACACGCAAGUCCCGCUCCCAGUCACGGUUCCCCACGCCGCCGCGCAGCCCGUCCGCCUCGCCUGAGAGGAGCCCAAGUCCCCGCCGGGGCGCCUUCGGGGCCGUCUUCGACGGCGCGAGCAACCUCUUCUCUUUGCUUCUGAGCCCAGCGUGGGUGCAGACCUUUGUCAUGACGUUCCUGGGCGAGUGGGGCGACCGCAGCCAGAUCGCGACGAUCGCCAUGGCAGCUGGACAGGACUACUGGUGGGUCACCCUGGGAGCCGUGCUGGGUCAUGCAUGCUGUACUGGUGUCGCGGUCAUUGGUGGGCGCGCCAUCGCUGGCAAGGUGUCUCUCAGAGUCGUGACAGUGGGAGGAAGUGUGGCAUUUUUGAUAUUCGGUGUCAUAUACUUGGUCGAAGCUCUGUGGGCCUAG